AUGGAAUCCCAAGAGAAAAUUGGUGAUAUUGGAAGCUUCCAUGAAGAUGUUGAUAUGGAUGAUCCAGGAAAUUGGAAGAAAACUGAACAGAGAAUGAGAGAUUAUUUGGUUGAGAAAGGUCCACCUACAAGACCUUCAGUUGAUUAUCUUUUUCCAAGAGAUGAUAUUGAAAGAUGUUUCCCUUAUUCAUGUUAUACAAGAAGGAUGAGCAAUGGAGAGAAACAAGACAUGAGAUGGCUGAAAAAGAGUGAAACUCUUGAUAAGAAUUUGGAGGAGGUAAUUAACAAGGAGAAGAAACAUUGGAGAGAUGUGAUGUUGAAGAUAAUCGCAGUGGUAAAGACUCUAGCAAAAAGAAAUUUAGCAUUUCGUGGAGACGACGAAAAGGUUAGUGAUCCAAACAGUGGAAACUUCUUGGCUUUUAUUAAGAUGAUUGGAGGCUUUGAAGAAGUAAUGAAGGAGCACAUUCGACAGGUUGACAAAGGUGAAACUCAGUAUUAUUAUCUUAGUCACAAGAUUCAAAAUGAGUUGAUAGAAUUACUUGCUAAUGAGAUUAGGAUGUUGCAAAGAGCAGGUGACUUUUUUUAA